GUGAUUGUGGUUGUGGGUGACCCAAUCAACUUCGAUGACCUGAUCAUUGACAACAGUGAUGACACUCAACAUAUCUCUAGAGGUAUCUUGUAUGAUAAAGCAACACAAAGAAUUGGGCAGCGGUUGCAGGAACUGAAGGUUGAAGCUGACAGACUUGCAUCAGAGCAGCAAUCUGAACUCCGCAAUCAUCACAUGCAAAAUGUGAGCGAUGAUGGAUACAGGCUGUGGCAGCAGGUUGAUUGGGAAGGAUUCGGCAUAGGAAGCUGAGCCCGAACCGCCAGUGGAACAAAGCCUUUCUCCAGCCCCAAGUGCAGCAAUCUCAUUCAAUGUUCCACACUGGUUCCAGCGUCACGUGGAUCCUUCUGAGCUCAUGGGGUUUGCUGCGCGUGGCCUGAUCAAGAAUGGAAAAUUCUUAGAGGAAGGUUACAGGGAACUCCAAGAACCAGCUACACUGAACAGCUGGUGGCUGUCUCAGGCUAACAAUGCUGUGCCAAGAUGGAGCACUGCCUGACUGAGGCCGCACGCCCCCUGCCUUUGUACAUAUAAAUCUCAGACAAUUUUGACAGAUUCCAAUUUCUCUUCUUCAUAGUGUUCGGAAAGUUGGAGCUUGGGUGAUGACUGUACGCUCCAUACAAUACAAUGUCUUACAGAGGUUGUAGGUGUUAUUUGGGUUUUGGGCAGUAAAUGCCAUCUUCCAUCUACUCGAUGAAAAUGUCUCAAAUGCAUAAAUAUGGAAUCUCAAGUCUCAAUACGUUUCUGAUCAUUUACCGGAAACACAAACGCACCAUGUGCUUGUUGCCAAAAUUUUGAACAUUUUCCGUGAUUACUUCAUCUUUGUGGGGCAAGCGGUGGGAAACCCCACUAGCAAAUGCCAGUGUUUUCUCGGCUAGUACUUUUCGCAGGUUUCCCCCAGUUUAUCUCGUGAUCAUCCAUGAUUACUGCAAGCAGCUGUUCAUGUUCACUUUUUCAGGAGUUCAGUUACGCCAUAUAUCCACUCACUUCGAUUAUUUCUCUUUCACGCUAGGCGUGGCUUCAAAAUUACUGAAUAGGUAGAUCAAAGACUGCUUCGUUUUUCUAUAAAAAAGAAAAAAGAAAAAUCAAAGACUGCAGGUCUCAUCUCAUAGGCCAUACUCAUCUUGUGAUUUUGCUUCGGUUUUGAUUUUUGAAAAAAAAAUCGUUUACAAAACAUUUUGGCAACGGUAAAGAAAGCUCAAAGCAGCAUCACAAGCUCCCAACGUUCAUCCGCGAGUUUGAACAUUUUAUAGCCGUUGGACGCGGCCGUGCAUUCCAUUCCCCACUCCUCCACCCUCCGCAUUUAAAAUUUCGAAGGCCCCUCAUCCACCUUUCCAUUCCCCCCUCUCCACUCCACCAGCAUCACUCGCCGCCGCCGCCGUCGCCCGAUCUCCAUCUCCAUCCUCGAGCACCAUUCCAAGAAUAGCAGCCGCAUCCGGCGACAGCAACCCAUGGCACUCCGCGCGCUCGACAACACGAUGCCCGCCGCCGUCGAGGAGCGGCCCAAGAAGGUCGCUAAGGUGGCCGCCCCCGCCGCGGCCGCCGCCGUCAAGGCCGCCUCCCCCGGGAGCGGCAAGAAGAAGAAGAACGACGAGAACUCGGCGCCCAGGGCCACGGCCGCGGCGGGGGAGCAGGCCAUGGAGUACAUCCCGUCGGAGGAGCUGGAGGCGGCGGCGCACCCCAAGGCCAAGGCCGCGGGGCUGGUCGCGGAGCUGGACUCCAAGGACUGGAUCCGGGCGUGCGAGGCGCUCAACGACGCGCGCCGCCUCACGAUCCACCACUCCGCGCUCCUGAACCCGAUCCUGGAGAAGGUGAUGCUGGCGAUCGUGAAGACGAUGAAGAGCCCGCGCAGCGCGGUGCUGAAGACAUCCAUCAUGGCCUGCACCGACAUCUUCAACUCCUUCGGCAACAUCCUCUCCUCCGUCUCCGACGCCGCCUUCGACAAGCUGCUGCUCCAGCUCCUGCUGAAGGCGUCCCAGGACAAGCGGUUCGUGUGCGAGGAGGCCGAGAAGGCGAUGCGCGCCAUGGCGGCGUCGAUGCCUCCGCUGCUGCUGCUGAAGAAGCUCAAGGCGUACGUCCACCACGCCAACCUCAGGGUCAGGGCCAAGGCCGCCGUCGCCAUCUCCCACUGCGCCGCCAGGAUGGACAUCGCGGCGAUGAAGGAGUUCGGGAUGUCGGCGCUCCUCCAGGUGGCGGCGGAGCUGCUGAACGACCGGCUGCCGGAGGCCAGGGAGGCCGCCCGCAGCGUGGUGGGGUCGAUGCACGGCGCCUUCGCCAAGGAGGCCGCAGCGAAGGGGAAGGAGGAGGAGGAGGCGCCCUCCGUGGCCGCCUCCUGGGAGAGCCUCUGCUCGCUCAGCCUGCCGCCCAUCUCCGCGCAGGCCGUCGCCAAGAUCGCCGCCACGCAGUCGCAGUGACCAAUGCGCUGCUAGUUUGGGCUUCAGCUGGUUCACUUUAGAAAUCAGAACCCGCUGCAUGGGGCAUGGCCCAACCGUUUACUAGUUUUUUUCUAAAAAAAUUAUUGCUGCAGCUUAAUGUUUCGUUUGUUUAUGCAUGCUAUCUCGCAUGGUUUUGUUCUGUUUAAUGUUUAUCCCUUUGAGUUACUACAAGUAAUAACAUAGUGUUCCCAUA